AUUUGGUGUUUUUGUUCUUCCGUUUUUAAAGGUUACUUCCGUCAAACCCCAGAGAACCCACAGAAGGGGAAGCAGUAAUUUAGCUACUUUGGGUGUACUGUAUGAACAUUAGGGCUUGAUAUAGAUCCUUAUAGAAAACUGCCUUUGCAAGCAAGCCCUUUCCGUUCUUGCUCAACUGUGAAACGUAUAUUCCUGGAGUCCAUAUCAUCAUCUUCAUCCGGACUGUAAACUUCUGCACAAUUGGAUGGACGUUUUGGGGAAUGGAGUUGUGACACGGCCGUUCACCUGCCUGCAUUCGCGGCUUCUUCCUGAUUACCAUAGUUGUAGGGCCUGUCCUUUCUGCUGGGAAUGCCACCCCGGGAAAAGCCUGAGUCGCCCAAUGUCCCUCCUCCCACAUACCUGCAGUGCCUCCUGGGCGCCGCAUAGGUGACAACCUGCAGACGCUGGGCUAGUGCCUCCGCGUCUCCUCCCCGCCUCUCCAAGCGGGGACGCAGAGCACCCGGCAGCCACGUUUCCGCUCCCCCCUCAUCCCCCCGGCCUGCCACAGCGGGUUCCCGCGCUCAGGGCUGAGCCGCCGCAGUGGCCUGGCCGUCAGCGUUCCUGCGCCACCUGCGCCGGGGCCCUCUCAAGCCCAGCCCAGCCCAUCCCAUCCCCCAGGUAGGACUCGGGAGGGAGGAGAGAUGAAGCAAGCAGGCUUUGAUGGCAGCAAGCCGCGGAGCAGUGGGGCAGGGUCCUGCCGCCGCGACGAUGAACGCUUUUGGAGGAAAGGGCACGAGCUCCCCAUUCCCGCCCGAGCCUAGCUGCCCUGCUGCCGAAUGGGUCCACACUGGCCCUUCCCGGCGUUGGCUAGAAGCCAAUCAGCUUCCUCGCUAGGAGUUUACUAUCCAAUGAGAACACUCAGAGUGCAGGAUCUUUGCGCCCAUUGGCCGCGGUUUCCUCCGAGUGAGGGGUCCGUCGCUGGAGGAAAACGUUUCCCCAGAAGUCGCCAAGUACAGGCGCGUGACAGCUCGGUCCGGGAAGGACUCUCCUCUUAGCGUUUGACAUUCUUCGAGACCUGGUCACUUUCUGCUGCCGCGCAACCCAACACCCUUAAAUCAGAGAAUCACUGUUCCUCUGAGUCCCUUCAACCUCUGCAUCGGGCGCUCUUGGAACGCAAAGAAAAGUCCACAGGGAAGAGGCAUAGGCUCCCGUUGUCUGUUUCUCAGAAAGCAGGCCGCGGCGACGGGGAAGUGCGGAAGGUCCCGUUUCAGGCCGGAGGGACUGUCUGAAACAACACAUCAUCAGGAUUCACUACGGGGCCAGCCGCAGGCCCGCUUCCCCAGGUGUCCAAGGAAGUGAAGGACCUAGAGGGACGGCGUUGGGAGAAUGGGUUCUCUGCUGUUUAAAACGCAUCCCUGCGGCUGCAAACCCUUCUGAGGAUAUUAUAUACCUACCUAUGAAUUCCAUCUCUGCCCCAUAGCCCAGGCCUCUGGCACGUCACCUUCCUUCUCUGAGUGAUAUUUUCCUCAACCGCAAAAUUGUUUCAGCUGAACUGUCUAUUCAUCUUUAAGCCACCAUGAGCUCUAAGAAGCGCAGGUCACAGAAGGUCUCAUUUGAAGUAAAAAGUAAUAUGAAAAUUGAGCACUAUUUUUCUCAGGUCACUAAAAAGCAACAGAAUGAUUCCAGUGUUUCUCAGAAGAAGACAGACUCUAAAGAAGGUCUAACAGAUGUAACUAACAUCCAAUCUCAAGGACCCAAAGACCAGACGGUGCCCCUGAAUAAGACCAUUUACAUCACCUUGGAUGUAAACCACAGGAAGCACGUGCUCACACAUGGCGGAAGGGGCAGUUUAUACGGGGCACUCAACACUCUCACGGCUAUCAAGAAAGAGAUGGAGACUCAGCAGGGCAAAGAAAUGCUCGUGCGUGGCACGGAAGGAAUUGAAGGUUACAUAAACCUUGGAAUGCCCCUCCGAUGUUUUCCGGAAAGCUGCCACGUGCUAAUCACAUUUGCCCGAAAUAAAAGUGAGCAGAGAGAAGGGAACCAGGCGUUUGGCCGGCAUGACCUGGCCUCUACCGACUGUGUCAAAUUUUACAUUCAUGCCAUUGAGAAGAGGAAAAAAAGGAUCGUGAAGCUCAGGCAGCUUCACCGGCAAGGCUGCAAACUGUGCAUCUACGCUUUCAAAGGAGAAACCAUCAAGGACGCUCUGUGCAAGGAUGGCAGACUUCUUUCCUUUCUGGAGCGUGAUGACUGGAAACUCAUUAAAAACCUGGACUCCAUUUUAGAGAACACACAGCCGGUCGAUGACUUGGAGGGCAAGCUCUUUGAGGUGGAGGCUGAGAGAAGAAUGAGCUCUAGGGCAGGAGCCGCUCGGGAGCCCCUGUCAGAGAAAAGGAACACCUGUGUGUUGAGAGAAGAAAUUGUGGACCAGUACCCCAGUUUGAAAAGAGAAAGUGAAAAAAUCAGAGAAAACUUCAAGAAAGAAAUGGAGAAAAAAAAGAACAAAGCUUCGUUAUUUAAACUGCAGAAAGCAAAUUUCGGGAAACUGACAAAAAACUCUACUCUGGUUAAAGUCCACAAAUUUCUUUCUCAUCUCAGUGACUCAGUUGGGUGCAUAUCAUGGGACAACAAUGGGAAUAAGGGUUCUGCCACCUGCUAUGUUUUUACAGGGUUGUUCAUUUUCACUUGUCGGCAUGUAAUAAAUUACGUUGUGGGAGAAGGGAUAGAGACAAGUAGGUGGGCAGACAUGAUUGGUCAAUGUGUAAAGGUGACAUUCAGUUACGAAGAUCUCCCCGAAAAAGAGGAGAACUGUUUUUUUCUUGAACCUUGGUUUGAGAUAUCUGGUGUAACUCUUGAUUACGCUGUUCUGAAACUGAAGGAAAAUGGACAGCGGGUACCUUUGGGACUAUAUAAUGGGAUUGCUCCUACACCACUUACGGGGUUGGUUUAUAUUAUUGGCCACCCAUAUGGAGAACCAAAGUCUACUGACGCUUGUGCUGUGAUCUCUCUGGGUCAGCGAGAAAAGAAAUUUCAGGAACAUCUUCAGGCUAGAGAAGAGGAGGGUUGCAAUUUUGGUCAGCAGUAUAUCCAUAUGCACACUCAAAGAAGUUUCCAAGAAGUGAUGCACAACCCUGAUGUGAUUACCUAUGACACCACUUUUUACUUUGGGGCUUCUGGCUCCCCGGUGUUUGAUUCAAAAGGUUCAUUGGUGGCCAUGCAUACUGCUGGCUUCCCUUAUCUGUACCAAAACGGGAUUUCUAGUAUCAUUGAGUUUGGUUCCACUAUGGAAUCCAUCCUCUUUGAUAUUAAGCAAAACUAUGGAACUUGGUAUACGGAAGUAUGUAUAAAUCAGCAGGAUGCAGAACUGCUGAGUGAGGAGGAUUGAGGAUGGUGAGAGUUCAGUCUAAUUGCUGGCAUUUAGGGAAUUUCCUAUGGAGUUGCUAUUCUAUAGACGAAUAGAGUUUUUAAAUCUAAAAUGAUGAAUUUCAUUUAAAAAUAACAAUUACUAUUAUUGACUACAUCCUAUGCACCAAACUUUUUUCCUAAGCACGUGAAGACGGAAGUCUUAGCAUCUUUAUGAAGUGGGCUAUUAUUCCACUAAAGUCAAGCAAUGUGAAUAGUGAUAAGAUUAAGUAAUAAUUAGUCAUAUGGCAGUUAAAGGCUAACUAUUGGUUUUUAUCAUCUUGAGUAUCUUCCCCUAAGUUAGUUUUUUGAGGGUAGGGCCCACGACUUGCCAUUACCCCUAAUGUCUGGCAGGUGGAAAGUAAGUGUUUAGACAAUGUGUGGGUUAAUCAAUAGCACAAUUUAGGUAUGCAGUUAAUCUUAACUGAGGAGCUAAAGGCUUGAUUGGAAAUGAUCUCAAACAAAGCUUUCAGAAUUUCCCAAAUCCUCAUAUUACUAAAAACUCAGGAUAUAUGCAUCCUGAAACUCAGAGGGUAAUAUCCACUCUCCCCACAUUUAAAAGCUAUUAGGGCAAAUGGGAUACCUUAAAAAUCACAUUACUUUAUUCAUAUUUCCUUAGUUUUUACCCAAUAUCCUUUCUGCGAUCGGAGUUCCACCCAACGUCCCACGUGACAUUUAGUUGUCACAUCCCGUCAGGCUUCUGUUGGCUGUGACAGUUUCUCGGCUUUUCUUGUUUUGGAUGCCCUUGGUGGUCAGAGAGCACACACAUCAGGUACUUCGUAGGGUGCCCUUCUCCUGGAACGUGUCUGAUAUUUUUCUCAUGAUUAGACUGGGGCUGUGGGUUUUGAAGGGAAAAACCAAAGAGGCAAAACCCCAUUCUUACCAUACCACCCCAGGGAUACAUUCUGUCAACAUGAUUUGGGUUGUCCUGGGUCCCUGAGCCAAAGUGGGGCUUAUCAGGUUUCUCUACUGUGCAGUUAACCUUUCCCCUCUUCUAUGUACUUUUUGGAAGGAAGUCAUUCGAAGUUCACACUUACAGGGUGGAGAGUUAUGGCUUCUCUUCCUCAUUAGGCCUCUUAGAAUAUCUGCACAACUUAUUCUCAGUCAUUCUUCUGGGAGAUUUGUCUCUUCUCUCCCAUUCAUGUGUAUUGGUGUGGACUCAUAAAUAUACUUUGGUUAUAAACCAGUACUACUUUACUGAGAUGCUCAAACUGUUCCAGCUUUGGUCUGCGGGAGCACUUUCAGAGGCCCCUGUGACAUACCUGCAUCAGUGUGUUAUUGUUGUUUCUUUGGUUUUUGAGCACUUCCUUAGUUCUGACACUACAGGAUACCACAGACUUUUGGGGUAUAUUUCCUGCCUCACUUCUAAAAUUAGCCAUUUCUCCAGGAAGCUUUGGUUCCUUCUAAAGGAGAAUAGUAUUGGUUACCAAGAUCCGGACCCUAGGUAUGCUUGUUGCUAUUGGGGUAUUUCUUCUAGGCCUUCUCAGCUGACAGAGCAAAGAAAUACAUGUGUGUAUCUAACUCAUGUACAGUAGUCCCCCCUUAUCUGAAGUUCAGCUUUUUGUGGUUCCCACGACCCAUGCUAGGGUGAGCCUCAUCUGUCCUAUGACCAGAAGGUCAAUCAUAGCCCAAAUCACAAUGCCUCCAUCAUUCACGUUGCUUCACCUUAUCUCAUAGUCAUUUUAUCAUCUCAUGUCAUCACAAGAAGGAUGAUGACAGAACAGUAAGGUGUUUCAAGAACAAGAGAAAGAGGUAGACCAUAUUCACAUCACUUUUACUGCAAUAUAUUGUUAUAAUUGUUUUUAUUUUAUUGUUAAUCUCUUACUGUGCCUAAUUUAUAAAUGACACUUUAUCAUAGGUAUGUAUGCAUAGGAAAAAACAUAGUGUAUACAUCUUCAGCACUAUCUUGUGGUUUUAGGCAUCCACUGGGGAUCUUGGAAUGCGUCUCCCACAGAUAGGGGGGCAUUAUGUAUAUACACAUACCUAUGAACAUUUGUAUCUGUAACCAUCUGUAUGUGUGAUAAAUGAAACCAUUCUUACAGGUGUCCCAGCUUUAGUCCAUCACCACACAUGGAUCAUCCAGGCCAACUGUGAGAAUUCGCUCCUACCAUCCACCACGUAUUUACUUAAUUGUUUAGUUCCAGUAUACAUAUAUGUACAGCAGUAUCAUAAUUGUUCACUUGUACUGGGAUGGGAAAUAACUUUAUCAACUAGAGCUCAGUGUUUCUGUGCAGUUUCCUUUGCCUCUAAUCUUAGGAACUCAUUCCCAGAGCUACCCGGGUCAGUGCUUUUUCCCUCCCCACCUUCAGUAAGUUUGUUUCAUACAUUUGUCAUAUGUCUCUUCUCAGCUCCCAUUCUUUCCUUUGAUCCCUCAGUCUCCUAGGUGAUUUUUUUUUAAAUGUGCAUACACUAAGCUUCUCUCCUCAUGCUGUACAUUCUGUGGAUCUUAACAAAUGCCUAAUAUCAUAUAUACACCAUUACAAUAUGUACAGAAUUGUUUUUCCACCUUAAGAUUCCCCUGUGCUUCACCUACUUAUCCCUCCCCCUCCCCUGAACCCCUAGUGACCACUGAACUUUUUAACUGUUUUUAUAGUUCUGCUUUUUCCAGAAGGUCACAUAGGUGGAGUUAUGUAGUAUGUAGCCUUUUCCAAUUGACUUCUUUCACUUUAAAGUACACAGUUCACAUUCCUCUGUGUCUUUUUGUGGCUUGAUAGCUCAUUAGUUUUUAUCACUGCGUAAUAGUCCAUUGUGUUGAUAUACCACAGCUUGUUUAUACAUUCACCUCCUGAGAUAUCUUAAUUGAUUCCAUUUUUGGUGAUUGUGAAUAAAGCUGCUAUAAACAUUGGCA